GUGUCCGUGGGGGCGGAGCCAGGUGGUAGGGGCGGAGCCAGGUGUUAGGGGAGGAGCCAGAGGAGAGGACGUCAUGUUCAAGAAACGAAACUUAAGGAUCAUAGAAACCAAAGCCAUCCGACGUGGAAGAAGUUCUCUCUUUCAGGAGGAAAGAAGCAUUUUGGAAAACAUCGUCUGACACAGAAACCACAACAAGGAUGGCCUCUGCUAACACUUCCUGGUCUGAAGAGAACUUUUCCUGUCCCAUCUGUCUGGAUGUGUUCAGCAGCCCAGUUUCCACACCGUGUGGACACAACUUCUGCGGAAGCUGCAUUAAUAAAUUCUGGGAUGAACAAGUCCAGUGCAAAUGUCCUAUUUGUAACAAGAUUUUCGACACUAGACCUGAUCCACAGGUCAAUAUCUUUGUAUCAGAGAUGGCUGAUCUGUUUAGAACGGCCGUACGAGUAAAGGAGCAGCCUUGUUUUGAACCAGCAGAAGUUCCCUGUGACGUCUGCACUGGGACCCAGCUGAAGGCUGUGAAGUCCUGCCUAGUGUGUCUUAUCUCUUACUGCCAAGCCCACCUGGAGCCACAUCAGAGAGUCGCAGGCCUGAAGAAACAUCGGCUGGUCAAGCCUAUGGACCGUCUGGAAGACAGGAUGUGUAAGAAACACGACCGACUUCUGGAGCUCUUCUGCCAGACUGAACAGGAGUGUGUGUGUCAGUUCUGCACAGAGGGUGACCACAGGUCCCAUCCUGUUGUACCUCUAAAGGAGGAAUAUGAAGUGAAGACGGCCCUGCUGGGGAAGAUAGAGGCUGAAGUUCAGCAGAUGAUCCAGGAGAGAAAACUAAAGAUUAAGGAGAUCAAAGACACAGUAGAAUUUAACAACAAAAUCGCAGACGGAGUGAUAGCCGAUGGUGGGCAGGUCUUCACUGCUUUGAUGCGUCGCGUUGAAAAGUGCAGAGAUGAUUUCAACCAAACAGUUAAAGAGAGACUGAAAACCACAGAGAAACAAGCUGAAGACCUCAUCAAAGAGCUGGAGCAGGAAAUAGAAGAUCUGACCAAUAGAAGCUCAGAGGUGAAGCCACUCUCACACACUGAAGACCACCUCCACUUCCUCCGGGCCUUCAGAUCCCUGAAGGAUCCUCCACCCCCCAGGGACUGGACCACGGUGGAGGUCCGUCCUCCGUCAUACGCAGGGACCUUGAGGAGAUCCCUGGAUCAGCUGGAGGAGACGCUGAACAUGGAGAUGAAGAAGUUGCCUGAUGAUGAACUGAAGAGGGUCCAGCAGUAUGAGGUAGAUGUGACUCUGGAUCCUGAUACAGCUUCUCCCUGGGUCAUCCUGUCUGAGGAUGGGAAACAAGUACAUCAUGGAGGUGUGUGGAAGGUACUCCCAUACAACCCUAAGAGAUUUAUACUGUAUACAUGUGUUCUCACGAGGCAGAGCUUCUCCUCAGGGAGAUCUUACUUUGAGGUCCAGGUUAAAGACAAGACUGCAUGGCGUUUAGGAGUGGCCAGAGAGUCCAUCGACAGAAAAGGUGGGACAGAGUGGACCCCUGAGAACGGUUACUGGACUCUUUACUACAACAAGGAUAAGUUGGUAUUUAGAGAUAACCCUGAUGUCCGUCUCCCUCUGAGAGCUGAGCUCCAGAAGGUGGGGGUGUUUGUUGAUUAUGAUGAGGGUCUGCUCUCCUUCUAUGAUGUGGAAGCCAGGGUUCAUAUCUACUCUGCUACUGGCUGCACCUUCACUGAGCCUCUCUAUCCAAUCCUCUCUCCAUGGCAUCAUGAAGGAGGUACAAACUCUGCCCCCCUGAUCAUCUCACCUGUCAAUCAAACAGACUAGGACUUUUGCUUGAUAAUCAAAUAAACAAACAACCAAAAUAACUAAUGUUUCCUGAAUGGGAAUCUCUACCAUGGGAGAUCUGAGAGAACUGCAUUCAUAUCGUACUAUUCACUGUUAAUUAACAACAUUGUGUAACAAAAUGCAACUUACACUGUGUACUAUAAAUAAAUAUGAAUCGAUAUAACUGGUUAGACUAUUCUUUAAUGUUCAAUGACUUCUUUCUGAUCGUUUUUUAAAUACAAUUAGGUUAGUUGAAAGUUUAAAUACGACAAAGUCUUACCGUCUCUGUUGUUUUCCUUUCCUCUGGGGUCCGCUUCGUACCUUCAAAGUAAAAGUUUGACCUACUCGCCGCCAAGUCAUGCAUCUGACCCGGGAAGGCGGUCAAAGGUCACCGCAGGGACCAGAGGGGUAGGGGGGGGGAAGGAGCCCGGGGCCCCUCCCAUAAACCGUUUAGUGUUGAAUAAGGAUGUCUAACUAAAAAUAAUGAUGACUUGCAUUUGGGAUACAACUUUUAUAAAGAAUCAUUUACACGUUUAGAAAGGACAGGAACGCUAUGUGGGCGAUGAACCAGGUUUAUUAUUUCAUGUAAAGAGUUUUCAAAAAGACUGAAAACACAUGCAGCGCCUAAUAAAACAUUUUUCAUGACUUUAAAAAUCAGACUGAGAGAAGAACUUGGGCACUGAAAGGGUGAGCAAACAGAAGAGUUCCCCAGAGAGCAACCUGGAGACAGAGACACACUGAUAAAACCCAGUACAGGUCUGGUGCUCCAGGUGGCCACAGGACCACGACUUUAAAGGAGGGAAACUUAGUGUUUCAUUACAGACUGGAUC